UGUCUCUCCGACGGAGCAGCCAUCACUUCGCAUCGACUAUGCUGAGUACCAUGCUUCUCAUGGCCGCAGUGGCCAGUUGGGGUCUGGUUAUGGCGAACCCUAGGCCGAACGAUGUCUUCGGUACCACCAUUGACGAGCAGCCCCCGAAGCACCAAGGUUCACUGGCAGACCAGAAGCCCUUGUCAUCUGGGACUUCACAGAGGGACGCCUGCUCCCUCGAUGACUACCUGGCCACAUUGACGCUCAGCGACAUGGAAAAGGUCAUCGAGCGCUACGCCAAGCUCCAGGGCAUGACGGUGUCCGGGUUGAUAAAGCAGCUCUAUUCCUCGUUGUACUCUUCAAUCAAGCGCAAGGUGGUCACCAAUGAGAGACUCUCCCCGAUGGCCCUGGAGGCGAUGCAGGAGCUCUGCGUGAGCGGCCUGGGCCCCGCCUACCAGGUGGGCCCCAUCGGCGGACCCCUGGCGUCCGGCAUGCCCGGGGUCAGCGGGUUCCUACUGCCCAACACCGAGUUCGCGCCCCUUCCGCCGCUCAAGACGCUGCGACCGCCGCCCGGCGCCAAACUGGUCAUCCAAGCUGGCCUCAACGACGUCCAGCUUCCGGAGGCAAGCAUCGUGGUGUCCCCCCAGAUGACGCUCCUGGAAGCGCUCCGCAGGGCCGACUACAAGCUCGCUGCGGACACCGGCUUGGGCGAAGGAGUGCUCCAGCUGGGAUUCUCGGCAACCAGAGCCUGCUACAUCGUCGAGGCAGUUGCUGGACUAAAGGCUACUCUCGACCGAGCCUGGAAGAUCGCCAUUAACGAUCGAUUUGGAAAGUUGGUCUUUGAAGACGUGUGCCUGCCUGGGAGAGACGACCUGGUUGUCCACCCGAAGAUGACCAUCACCUUGACGUACUCGGACGUCAAGAGGACGGCUGUGUGACGGAGCACGGACAACGCAGGUUACGGAUGCAGUCCGGACUACAAUGAUGCCGCUUUACCUCACCUGAACUAAGUUAUGCGACUCCACCUUAUGCUCUGGACCUCUCAGCGACCCGUAAUAAAUGCACCAUCGCGAGGCCGACAACGGAGCGCCUAAACGAGGCGCCAGGUUAUUUUCAUCUUUGGAAGGACGGCUAGUCGCACGUCGAGCCCUUCUUCGGCUGGUUCACCAAAACGGUCCGCGCCCGCUUCACGCUGCCAUGUGAAGGGCUAUAAAGCGCAUCCUUCGGUUGUGAUGUCAUGGCUGGCGGGUUUGUCGGCGCAGUGUUGACAACAAAAAAAAGUGGUGGAAGAUGAUGGAGAAGCACCAAUAAACAAUGUACUAAAUGGCAAUAGA